GUUUACCAUAAACAGUGUAUAUCAUCAUCAAUGGUAUAAUAACUAUUUAUUUAUUUUGUUUUCAUAUACUAAGACUGAGCUUGACUUGUCCGACCUAUAUUCUCUUCACGCAUUCUUGACAUGACAGGUUUACUUUUCCCAUAGCGGUUUUGAACAGUUCGCGUCUCAACCUGAUCCGUACCAGCUGAGCAUCGGCAAGCGUUUUUUUUCACUGUGCGUCCGUCCAAAAGGGGCGUAGGACAGGCGCGUCUGCUGAAUAUGAAACCAUGUGUAGGCCAAUUGAAGCCUUAGAGCGCACGGUAAGAGAUGCUUUGAGUGGGUUCUCCCAGUCCAGGAUAAAACUGCGAUUUGACAAAUCAUCCAAAUGUAUCCUGUCACCACUAAACCUCAAGGUUACAAGUACUUGGCUGAUAUCAGCCACCGAACACCGUGAUUAGAAUCAGCAUUCCCCCACAUCCUUAUUUCACUUCCCAGGGAUGUUGUUUUACCGAAAUUCUAGAGGUUGAGAUAACCAACUAUUAAGGAUUAUUUCAGUUCAAAUCCAUGCUUCCGAGCUAGCAUGAGACAGUGCGGCGCACCGACGCAGAGUUCCAUGGACAUACCCAUCCCCAGUGCCCGGGAGGCCAAUCGACUCCUGUAAAUGAAGUGGUCAUGGAGAGGAGCGGCUGUGGAGUACAUCAGAUUUGCUUUCUGGUACUCUCACUGUUUUCAGUGUAUCCCAUUUGUUGUCGAGCCAGCUGGAUGUGGCUGGGAAUAACGUCCGUGGGAAUACCAGAGAAGCUGGGCUGCACCAAUCUCACACUGACGAAUAAGCAAAAGGACCUGUGCAAGAGAAAGACUUAUCUCUUGCCUAGCAUCAAAGACGGCGCGCGACUCGGCAUCGCAGAGUGCCAGACCCAGUUCAAGCACGAGCGUUGGAACUGUUCGACUACGGAGGACCCCACUGUGUUCGGCUACGAGCUAACCAGCGGGACAAAGGAGACCGCAUUUAUCUACGCGGUGAUGUCUGCAGGACUGGUCCAUGCAGUGACGCGCUCCUGCAGCGCAGGUAACAUGACAGAAUGCGGUUGUGACACCAGCCUGCAGGGUACAGGCACACCCACCGAAGGGUGGCACUGGGGCGGCUGCUCGGACCAUAUCCAGUAUGGUACCUGGUUCAGCAGGAAGUUCAUAGACAACGCAGUGCAGAAUAUGUCUUCUGCCAGAGGAGGGGACGCAUUGCUUACCAUGAACCAGCAUAACAGUGAAGCCGGAAGACAGGCCAUCGCCAAGACAAUGGCAACCGACUGCCGCUGCCAUGGCGUGUCGGGUUCGUGCGCCGUCAAGACGUGCUGGCGUACCAUGGCAUCAUUCGAGCAUGUGGGCAACUUCCUGAAGGAGCGCUAUGAGGGCAGUGUGCAGGUGCUGGAUCGUUCCAAGAGGAAGGUGAGGAGAAAGGAGAAGGACCAGCGACGCGUGCCUAUCGGAAAGGACGAACUCAUCUUCCUCAACAAGUCUCCUAACUACUGUCUGGAGGACCGGCGCUGGGGCGUGGUGGGCACUAGAGGUCGUCGCUGUAACCGCACCUCGGUUGGACCAAACGGUUGUAACUUGCUCUGUUGCGGACGGGGAUACAAUACACAUGUGGUGCGGAACGUAGAGAGGUGCGAGUGUAAGUUUGUUUGGUGCUGUUACGUUAGGUGUCGGAAGUGUGAGAGCAUGAAUGACAUGCACACUUGUAAAUAGGGAAGGGAAAAGCAGGCGAUGGCACACACAUCGCUCUGACAGAUCGAUGUACAUCUAGCCUUAGAAUCAGAACAUAAUGUUGAUAUGUUGGCUAACAAGCAGCGGAAGUUCCAGUGUUCCAGUGUUGUCCAUCACUGCUUAUUUGACAAAUCAAGAUUACACUGUCCUUAGCAUCUUUAAGAUUUCCGAAGGAGAGGCAUAUCCAUAUGUUUCGAAGAGAUGUGGUGGAGAACCUCGUUCCAGUCUUGUUUCCCAACCAUGCUUUCCUGUAUCACUUCAGUUAAUACAUGCAGCCCCACAACCUAAUCAAGCGUUCCAAUUAUGCCAGAGUUUCAUUUUGAGUUGAGUGAAUUAAGUUGCAAAAUGGUACUUAAUCAUUCCGGCAGCCACACACGUGCACACUGAGAAACAAACACACCCUAUUAAUGCCCAAUGAAAGACUCCCCAUUACUCCCAUCAUUUCUGUCUUCAAUGGACAGGAGGCAUAUCAACAAAACUUAAUCUCAAAGAUUCAGAGCAGGACAAAGACUGACCUUGGUUGGCCUAUCAAAGGCCAGCCUUAUGAGAGACCAUUAAAUGAGACCGGAGUUAUUAUUUCAUAAUCCCGAGGACCCACAAUCAAUACCUACCAAAAAAGGACAUCUUCAGAAUUGAUUCAAAGGAGGAGAAAUUAGUCACAAAAUGCAGACUCAGUGAUAAUUUUUGAACUGAACGUUGAUGAAAGACCACACUUUUCAACUAUUUUAAUGGACUUGAGGACUGGAUUGGUGCACAACCGCUAGAUUCAUUAAAGAAACAAUGUAAAAAAAAAAUCAGAUGUUUUUUGCUGUUCAUACCUGGUUCUAGGAUAUGUUCUUUGUCCCGUUAUUGUCCUCACUCUGAUUUUACCAACCUUCUUAGAUCAGUGUAGUUGACUAAAAGUUUAAUUAUGAUCUGAAUGUGAUAAGAUGUAAAUAAACCAAUGACGCAUGUCAAAACCAGGUAUAAGUGGGCCUUAUGGACAGUAUGGGAUUAUGGAUCUUUCAAACAGGUUGACAACUUUUGUAUCAUUUAUAUGAUUCUGUACAGAGUACAAAGUGAUUCUGCUACCACUUGGCUUUAUCAGGUUCAUUCUUGCUGAAUGGGUGGAAUGCUGAAAGCUUGCAGUUUUAUACUGAAAUAACCAAUCAAAUGCUUUGUACUUUUGGAAUAAACGGUUCAUGACUUAAAAA